AUGAAAGGCGUCUUCAAACAGUUCCUGCUGCUUUGGAUGUUGCAUUCCAUUUUCAUCAGUGUCAUUGGCCUGUUAACUGGAAAAGACCUAGUGGUCAUCCUGGCUUACCUGGCUGAAGCAGCGAUGUACUGUGAAAUAGGCCAGGAGCCGGACCCCGCCUCCCAAAACAGGUACCGUUGGGUUAUCCCGGUAAAGGAUCCCUGUCAGUGCACUGAGGUCCGUGUCGGCUCACUCAACACUCGGGCCCCCUGCAGACCGUUCGAUAUCAAGUAUUAUGACACCUUUCUGCACAGCAGCAACCAAACAGAGAUUCGAAAAUGGCUGAAUUGUUCCGAGCCACCAACUCCAUGUGCAAAUGGCACUAUGCAAAACCCAGCCACCUCAUGCAGUGAGAUACUGGAGGUCUGUAAACAGUCACCCAGCGGUGUGUACUACCUCCUCGGAGCUAGAAAUAAACAGUAUCCCGUGUACUGUGAGAUGCCUGGCGGCUGGGCACGCUUCGGAAAAGGCAACAUGCAGUCGGUCUGGAACUACGAAGGCGAAGAUGAGGCAGAAAUCAAUCUCGGUAUCAUCUCCGAUGAUGAGAUUGAAGCUAUCAAGAACUUACCCUUCAGUAACUUCACGAUCCGCACCGAUGUGACUUUUUCUGUACAAGCCGACGACUCCAAGAACCCAUCUACCGUGCACGCCCUCUAUCUGCCCUCGCUCCAGACUGUUUCUAUCAACCUCCCGAUGGAUAAAUCCAACGAUAACACUCGGCUACGGUUUAAAGAAGAAGGAGAUCGGGUGAUGUGUUUGGGUGGACCUUCUAGCAACUUAUGCGGACAGGAUGGCUUGCCUCGCAAAAACGAAGCCACGGAGCGUCUGGUUGUCACCAAUGUCUACUUCGGUCCACGAGCCGUUGACCGUGGAGCAACAGCAACCAGGUCAGAGUGGCGUCGCAAUCGCUACACCUGGGAUGGGUCUUUCUAUUACCUCCUGGCAAAGUAA